GGUCACCUGGUCUCGCACACAGAAUUAGUACAGGACAAGAACAACAAUAACAUAUCAAUGAAACAUAGCAAAUGAAAAUUUGCUAAACAAUGGCAAAUAAACGAAUGCCACAGGCCAGAAUAACAAAAAAAAAAAAACGAAAUUCUGUUCAAGUCUUUGAAUACAAAUGAAACAAAAUAAACCAAUCACAUAUGUAUUUGUGUGUGCGUAAGCAAGUGUGUGUGCAGAAUGAAAAGGAGUAGAAGAUCUGCAACAAAAUCUAGAUGAGAUUUAUGGUUAUAAAAGAAUAACAACAAAAACCAAUUGAGAAUGAAACCAGAAUGAAUGAACAAUAGGACGGACUACCAAGCUUCAUAAGCCUUGAGGGCGGUCGCACAGCACACAAAGUUCCGAAUAAAAGAGAAUCCAUGCAUACCAGCAAUAAACAGGUGAAGAAGAUUCUAAAUUUGUUUAAGUCAGCAUUUCUGUAUCGACAAAGAGCUGCCUUUGAGAAAUAAUAAAAAUCAAAUCUGCUUUCCUUGCUAGUGGCAUUCUGAGCAGGCAGAUAUUUUAAGUAAGCAAAAGACUGUCAUAUCAGUAUUCAACAUAUCAAUUUGUAAUUUUACGCACAAUAAAAUAGAAGAGAAUAUGUUUACCUAUCGAACCAAAGAAAAAAGAGAAGAAAUCAAUUCGUUAACCACCUCUACCACCCAUUCAAAAACCAUCGACUACUAUUUGCAUGGCUUUGUGAAAGAUAAGUCAUGUUUGGUUGUGGAAGUCAAUGGAUUGGUUUAAUGAAAUAACUAUUAACCACAAAGGAUAACAAAACACACCCACACAAGAGAAUUGCAAAAUUAAUAUAAAACUAGGAUAAACCAAUGCGAUUCAAUAAUUGCAGAUUCGAACACAUAACAACCAAUCAAGAUAUAUAUAGAAUAUCAAAUCAAGUGUUCCUCCCUGCAAUUUUAUUUCCCCCAGUAACAUUGAACGUAAAACCAUUUUAAACUUAACGAAAGAACAGCAACAGAAAUAGGGAACCAUAGACACAAUUGCAGCUGGGCUACUUACCCGAAAAACUCUCCGAACAACGUCAACAGCAGAAAUAACACUUUGCACAAGGAUUAUGCUGAGAAAAUGAAUCUCUCCUUUGAUACACGAGUUUUCGUACUUAUUUGUUGUUUGCUGCAAGGCUUGGCUGGAUUACGACUCAUUAAAGUUUCCAUACCCAGUUAUAAAAUGCGUGGUGAAUCAACAUUUAUGGAAUGCCAAUAUGAAUUGAAUAGAUCGAAAAGUCUUUAUGGUGGAUUACACAGAAAUCGGAAUCAUCACAGUCACGGCCAAUACCAGCAACAGCGUCAUCAAUAUCGGCAAUAUGGCGGUCAUACAGGGGGAGGCAGCAGUAUACAUUAUGAUGAUAACGAUGAUUUGCCACAAUACCGACGACCUCACACAUAUCCACAACAAACGUAUAAGCAACAGCGACAACAACAGCAGCAGCAACAACAACAACAGUAUCAGUAUCAACACAGGCAACCUUAUUUUCAAGCACAAAUCCAGACACAUAAAGCUCUUUGGCAGGAUAUGAACAACAUUAGAAGUAGAAGUAGUAAUGGCGCACCUUCUCACCAUCAGCAACAUCUCCAGUAUCCAUUCUUGCCACAGAAACAAAAACGCCAAUACAAUCCAGAAUAUCCAACACUACCGCCCUCGCCAUAUGGUCACAGUGUAUAUCGAGGGAGAUCUCAAAUGUCCUCCACCUCGUAUUCAUUGUCGUCGUCAUCAUCCUCCUCCUUGUCACAGUCUUCCCCCUCUAUAACCUCCUCGGGCAGCCACGCCAGCAAUUAUGGCGGUCGUGUUGGAGCCAGCACUUACACAGGUAGAUCAUCGUCAUCCUACCCCGGAACAGGGUCAGGUGUUUUCGGCAGCAGUAGUUAUGGACAUCACGAUGAUAACUUUGCCGAUAGUAAUGAACGCAAAGAACACAUUGACGACGAGAACUCCAACGAAGAGGAUGAGUUCGAUAACGAGGCAGACAGCGAUGCCGACGACGAGGAGGAGCACGACGAAGAGGAGGGCGAGGAUUUGUAUGCCAUUAAAUGGUACAAGGAUAAUGAAGAAUUCUAUCGUUUUGUGCCAAAAGCGAAUCCACCAAAAACGAGUUACAGAGUUGAUGGCGUACGAGUUAUUGAAGAACAUUCAGACAGCUCAAGAGUUCUCUUAAGGGGGCUUACAAUCAAUUCAACAGGACUGUAUCGUUGCGAAAUAUCAGCGGAGGCGCCAAGCUUUGCCUCUGUACAGGGUGAAGGACAAAUGGAUGUUGUGUACUUGCCACGUGAUGGGCCGCACAUAAAGGGCCAGCAAUUCCAAUAUCAAAUUGGUGAAUUAUUAAUUUUAAAUUGCUCAUCGGGAAAAUCACAUCCAGCAUCACAUUUGCAAUGGUUCAUCAAUGAUCAGCCGGUCCUCGAUGAACAGUAUUUGAUUCGUUACAAUGACACGGUACACCGUCAUGGCCUCAUAACGUCAACUUUGGGACUAGAGAUGACAGUUGAUGCUCGUCACUUUCAGAAUGGUGCCAUGCGCGUCAAAUGUCUUGCCAGCAUAUCUCCAGUUCUGUGGAAAGGUGACAAAGAAAGUGUUUUACAACGUCGACCUGGAAUAAUAGAUAAUCGGGAGGCCAUGUUAUUGGUUCGCAGUUCGUCGACAGGACUGCAUCAACGGUGUGGCCACCACUGCAACAGCACUUUAAUGCUACUGCGUCUUCUAACCACAACGGCCGUACUAAUGAAACUAUGUCAAUUACUACACUUGCAUCGAGGAUUCACUUAAAUGUCCUGUAGCACUUGAACAAAGUACGUUGUACAACAACAACUUUGAGUGGCUUUUUCAGAUCGACGUCAUGUUAACGAAACACUGUGUAUAUUCAAAUGUAUGGGAUGGAGGCUGAACAGUAGAAGAAUAACAACAACAACAACAACAACAACAACUUUAAUUUAACUUUAUGCAGGUAUAUCUAGAAGAAGAAGAGAAGAUGUGUAUAAUAAUUGCAUUUGUAUUGGUCAAAUUACAUAUGUAAGCAUUGACCCUGCAAGAAUACUAAUAAAAUAGAUUCUACAAUAACAAUACCAACAAUACAAAUAACA